GACAAGUCUUGUCAUGUUUUACAACGUACUUCUUUCAGCGAAUUUGACUUCUUAAAUAACUUUUACCGUUUACCUGUGUUACCAGAAAUUCAGUAGUACUUUAGUGUUAUGCGAUGUAUAAGCUUAAAGGAAUUCCUUGUUUUUUUAUCAAUAUGGCAUAUUUCUCAAGAAAUGAAGGACAUAUUGGAGGAAAUUCAACCAAACGAAGACAACCCCGGAGACCUCAAUGCCUUCUUCGAAGACGUCAUGAAACUGAAGAAGGCGUUCAAAAUGAUACGAAGAGCUUCUGCUGAAACCGAUUCCGAAAAUUCAAUGUCUAGAGAUCGAAGGGAUAAAGACAUAGAGGAAUACGUGUACGAUGAAGACAAUUUUGUGGCAAAUAAUAAAAAGUCCCACAAUGAAAAAUACUCACCGAGCAGCAAUAAACUCUCACCUCUCCGUAAAUCGAAUCGACCGCUGAACGACAUUUAUCCACACAUAUACAAAGAACACGCAGAUAAUGAAUAUGUUGAUAAGUACAUGGAUAAUCUGAACCUCGAUAAAGGACCACGUUAUCGUCGUCAACUUGCAGAAGAUGUGGAAAUCGAGCCCAAAAGUACUAGAGGCAAUCUAGACGUUCUCGGCGAGAAGACAAAACUGUACAGCAGUAAGAGUAAAGCUGAAUUAUUGGAAAAUGAUGCUCACGAAGCACUCAUGACCAUCUUCAGCCAACUGGGAAGAUCAACCCAUCCAUCACAUGAAAGAACAACGCCAAACUCUAAAUCGGAACUUCCUGCCACUGAAACAUCGAAUUCGCACAACACUAUUGAUGAGCCUGUUAAUAUUAUUCUGACUACAACAAAAUUUCUAGACCACGACAUUUCCCCGAUAAAAGAAGCCAUUAGAUCUAAUGAGGACCAGAAAUCGAAUAGUAAAAGAGAACUAAAAAUCGAUAUAAUAAAGAAUGGUAAAAUAAUCAAGGAAUACACGUCCAAUGACAAUGAGAAUGAAAAUGUGGCCUUCGAUCAACCAACCCAAUCAACUGUUCAUCCAUCUGAAAUUCAAAACAGAGAAUCAGAACACACCGUGACUGAUAAAAACGCCCAAGAUACAGUGAAGACUAACACAGAUCGUUUAGAAAAAAUCGAAGCUAUUGAUAUUCCGCCAUCUGUAUCUGAAUUGAAAGGGGCUUUCUUACCUACGGAGUUUGUACAUAACAUACCAAAAUUCGUAGGAAAUAUCAUUGAUGAGAUACAAAGCAAUUACAGAGGCGAUGUUCCAAAAUUAAUAAGAUCUCGAAGUCAAUAUCAAUAUCGACCGUAUUUGGAAUCUGUGUAUUCGCAAGGUCCGAGAAGUAUGUACUAUGGUCAGAAUUUGAAGAAUAUGAUUUAUAAUACACCAUAUUAUAGACAAGUGAACCAACCAAUUGCAGAGAAUACAAUUAACAAAAGAGAUAUGUCUCUAAUGCAAACUCAGGAAAGUUUGAAUCCUUACCUAUCGAGAACUUUGAAAUUCUUGAAUAUUUCCACCCAAAACGCGACAAAGGUAAAACGAAAUUUUCAAGAAAUAUUAGGUAUGGACAACGAAGAUGAUUAUAUCGAAGAUCUAGCGUUCAGAACAGAAUCAACAACCGUAAGAGUAGCAGAAGAGGAAGAUGAAACAUCAUCUGUGAGAACCUUCAUGAAGUCCAAGAAAUUGAAGACAAAAUUGACGACUGAUUCGAAUGAUGAUUUGUUCUACUCCACAACUACACCAGUCACAGUUCUUACAACUCCAGAUUCUAUCAGUAGUACAUCCACUUCCCCCAAAACAACAAAUAUCACAACUGAUACAACAAACACAAGAAACAAAAGAUCAAAAAAAUACCGCAGAAUAAAAAGAAGAAAACUUCUAUCACGACUGAGAAGACGAUGUACUCCUUGUUCUGGUAACACUAGAUCAAAUAUCCGACAAGUACAAAAUAAAGGUAAUGAACCAGAAAUGAAACUAGAUAAACGAACGGUAGUUGACCAAUUAUCCCCAAUGUGUCGACAACGAUGCCAUGAGUUCCAACGGAGUGCCGCCACUGACUAUGGAAGUGACUCAAAUAUGAAAAGCAAUCUACAAGAGAAGAAGAAUAGUUUCUUCGAGAAUAAAAAUAGUUUUGGUUCGCUAAGGGUUCCCAGAUACGAACAAAAGGAUAAGAAUGAUAGAGAAAAGUAUUCAUGUCCCACAUAUAAUUGGGACAUGAAUUCAGAUCCUGCAGAAGUGUAUCAGAAAAUGAGGUAUUUCCACUUUAGACCACAAGCACCAAAUUACCAACAAUCUAAUGAUUUCUAUUCUAAUAAUAAUAUGAAUGGUGGAGGAAGACAAAACUCCGAAUAUUCUCAAUCGAAAUAUUUUCAAUAUGGAAGAAGAAAGAGAUGCUGCCAAUGUAACUGUUGUAGAAAAUUAAUGGCGAAGUCAAAUUGUACUUCAAGUGAACACAUCAUACAGAAAAGGGAUGCUAUUGAUGGUGUCGAUGACGAAGAAGACACCAAUGAAGUGACAGAAAUACUGGAGAAACGAACUGAAUCUGAUUAUGGCGAAGAACCAGAUCUUUCUGAGGGGCAGAAUUUCAAAAAACACUACAAAAUGAAGAAGUAUACCAGAGUUAUGUCUCCCAGUAAAAAUUUUGAGGAUAAUUAUGAAUAUGAGGAGGUUCCUAAUGCAAAAAGUAAUUUAAUGGCCACAAAAAAAAGUUGUUAUCCUAGAAAAAAAUGUAAAAAGAAGAAGUUCAAACUGAAAAAAGCCGAUCAUCAUUCUUGCCAAGUAUCUUUUAGAGAUCGACUUGCGCGACUCAAGAAUAAAUUAUUCAGUAGUCAGCCAGAUGAUUCAGAAAAAGCAGUAAGAGAAGAGAUUCCUUAUAAUAGCCAAUAUGAAGACAGUAGACGGUCAGAGAGGCAAUCAGAGCCCACGCGUUUGAAAGAACAAGAUUAUGGCUUCACCGGACCUUCAAGAAGAAUAGAAUCGGCUGCUGAUGCGGAUAAUAAACGACAAUGUUGUGAUAGUUGUUGUUGCCCUUGUGAACCCUGCUCACCCUGUCCACCACCUUGUAAUCCUUGCCCAUGUCCUUGUGAUCCGUGUCCGUGUGACCCUUGUCCGUGUCCUUGUCCGUGCCCUUGUCCGUGUCCUUGUCCUUGUGAUACCUGCCCAUGUCGUCCUUGCCCUUGUGAUCCUUGUUCAUGUGAUCCUUGUCCUUGUCCUUCACCUUGUCCAUGUAAUCCUUGUCCCUGUCCUUGUGAUCCGUGUCCUUGUCCAUGUAAUCCUUGUCCCUGUCCUUGUGAUCCUUGUCCUUGUCCUUGUCCUUGUCCAUCUUCAUGUAAAAUGGUUGCUGAUUCGGGAGAUAUGGAAAAAAUGGAAUCUCAUAUCAAGGAACGCUGCCCUCCCCCAUGCUGCGACCCUUGUCCACCACCUUGUCCUAGUCCUUGUCCCUGCCCUUGUCCUUGUCCACAACCUUGUCCUUGCCCAUGUCCAUCACCAUGCUUCUCAAAUGCUGAAGAAAAAAAAGACGAUAAAGCAAACGGAGAUGAUUAUUCAGAAGAUCACAUUGUUGGUGAACGUUCUUCAGAUGCCUUUUCAAAUCUAGAUUUUCCAUCUGAAGUAAAGAAGUUCGAGAACCAGGGUGAUAACCCUCAUACACUAAGUAGGCGGUGUUUCCACGUAGCAAAAAUUUCAGAUUGUUGUAAACCUUGCUCAUGUAAUUGUGAUCCUUGUCCAUGCCCGUGUUCUUGCGAGCCUUGUCCAUGUCCUUGUCCUUGUCCUUGCGAUCCUUGUCCAUGUCCUUGUCCUUGCCCUUGUCCCUGCCCUUGUCCUUGUGACCCAUGUCCAUGUCCAUGUCCUUGUCCAUGUCCUUGUCCAUGUCCUUGCCCAUGUCCUUGUCCUUGUCCGUGUGACCCAUGUCCAUGCCCAUGCCCAUGUCCCUGCUCUUUUGGGCCUUUUUGUUCAUACGUCUCAUUCGCAGAACCCUCGAAUGAUGAGUUGCACAAAAUUGAAGAACGUGAUCUUUCAAAGAGUAAUAUGCACGAAUUAAACUCUCGCUGUUGCAUGCCUUGUUGCGAUCCAUGUCCUUGUCCUUGCCCCUGCCCCUGCCCCUGCCCUUGCCCUUGUCCCUGCCCAUGUCCCUGUCCCUGCCCAUGUCCCUGUCCUUGCCCAUGUCCGUGCCCUUGUCUACCUCCUUGUCCUUGUCCAUGCCCAUGUCCUUGUCCCUGUCCAUGUCGAUUUUCUUCCGAUUCCGAUGAUGCUGAAAAUGUAAGAGAAACUAAGUAUAAAAGAUACACUGAGCACAUAAAUGAUGCAUCUUUCUGUCCAAUGCCAUGUUCCUGCUCCUGCCCUUGUCCAUGUCCAUGCCCAUGUCCGUGUCCAUGUCCAUGUCCAUGUCCAUGUCCGUGUCCAUGUCCAUGCCCCUGCCCAUGUCCGUGUCCAUGCCCCUGUAUAGAAUCUAAGGGCUACCCAGAAAGUAGUUUACAUGAUAUUAAAGAGCGUUGUCCUUCUUCCUGUUGUGAUCCCUGUCCUUGCCCAUGUCCUUGCCCUUGUCCCGAUCCUUGCCCUUGCCCUUGCCCUUGUCCAUGUCCAUGCCCCUGUCCUGAGCCGUGCCCUUGUCCUUGUCCAUGUCCUUGUCCUGAUCCUUGCCCCUGUCCUUGUCCAUGUCCAUGCCCUUGUCCCUGUUUCAAUGCCAAUCCAAGUUCAUACUAUCCUUCAGACAAGGAAUCUGAAGUAGUGAAAUUUCAUAGAGUCAUGGAGCGUUCCAAAAUUUCCCCUCUAGAAGAAUCAUCAUCUCAUAUUAUUGAAGAACGAAGUCCAAAUGUGUGCAAUUAUUGUCCAAGUUCAUGUGAUCCUUGUCCUUGUCCUUGUCCAUGUCCAUGUCCUUGUAGCUGUGAUCCUUGUCCAUGUCCUUGCGACCCGUGUCCUUGUCCGUGUCCUUGUCCUUGUGAUCCAUGUCCGUGCAGUUGUCCAUGCCCAUGUCCUUGUGAUCCUUGCCGCUGUCCAAUGCCUUGUCCAUGUCCGUGUCCUUGCCCUUGUCCUUGUCCAUCUUCUUGUAUGGAUAAAAGGGAAAUGGAAUAUAAUUCCCACGAGAUUAAAGAACGAUGUCCUCCAAUGUGUUGUGAUCCAUGCUCUUGUCCAUGUCCCUGUCCAUGUCCUUGUCCUUGCCCUUGCCCUUGCCCUUGUCCUUGUACCUGUUCAUGCCCUUGCCCUUGUUCUUGUCCAUGUCCUUGUUCAUGGCCACCUCCAUGUCCUUGCCCUUGUCCUUGUCCUUGUCCUUGUCCGUGCCCUUGUCCAUGUCCAUGCCCUUGUCCAUGCCCAUGCCCUUGUGUAUGUUUCAGAGGUGAACGAAAAAGUGAGGAUGUGGGCUCACAAACACAUGAUAUAAAGGAAAGAUAUCCUUACUUAUGUCCAGACCCUACUUCGUGUCCGUGUCCGUGCUCUUGUCCUUGUCCUUGUCCCUGUCCUUGCCCCUGCCCUUGUCCCUGCCCUUGUCCUUGUCCCUGCCCCUGUCCUUGUCCUUGCCCCUGUCCUUGUCCAUGUUUCAGAGGUGAACGGAAAAGUGAAGAUGAGAGUCAACAAAUGCAUGACAUAAAAGAAAGAUAUCCGUACUUAUGUCCAGAUCCUUCUUCUUGCCCUUGCCCUUGCCCUUGCACUUGCCCUUGCCCUUGUCCUUGUCCUUGUCCUUGUCCUUGCCCUUGCCCUUGCCCUUCGCCAUGUCCUUGUCCAUGUCCAUGCCCGAGCUCCUGUAUUACAUCUCGAUCGGAUAUACCAGAUAUUUCCCAUUACCAUGAAAUCAAAAAUCGUUGCCCAUGCGAACCUUGUCCAUGUCCUUGCCCUUGUCCUUGCCCUUGCCCUUGUCCAUGCCCUUGCCCUUGUCCAUGUCCUUGCCCUUGCCCAUGCCCUUCCUGUAUCAAUUCUGAAGAUGAGAACAUUUUCGAGGAAAAAAACAUUAAUCUGCGAGAUACACAAAUACGGGAUCCUUCUGAACCGAAUGAGUCCGAGAAAAAUGAGGAUCAUGAAAUCAUGAAGCGGUGCUAUCCGAAUUAUCCUUCCUGGCCUUGUCCACACCCUCCAUGUUCCGAUGCCUGUCCUUCCCCUUGUCCAGCAGGCCCACCAUGCCCAUGUCCUUCUCCAUGCCAACCCUGUCCUUGUCCAUGCCCCUCAUGUCCCUCUCCAUGUCCAUCCUGCCAACCUUGUAACUGUAAUCCAACGAGAGAAACUCCUGAAGAAAAUUCAGAUAAUGCUGAUACUCAUGGUAGAAAUGAGCGUUCCCCCUAUCAGGAUUUCAAGUUCAUGAAUAUGAACUUGAAACGUGAGGAAUCGAAAACAACUGAAUCAGAGUCGAGUUCGACAAAAAAUGAGGAAGUGCACGAAAUGAAAGGACGUUGUCCAUACUUCUGUACGUUCCCUUGUGCAUAUCCGUCUCUUCCAAAUCCGUGUGAUCCAUGUGUUCCAGAUCCUCUCCUAUAUCCAUGUCCAUUCUCGUGUCCUUGUCCUUGCUCACCUUGUUCUUGCUCCCCUUGUCCUUGCUCUCCUUGUCCUUGCUCCCCUUGUCCUUGCUCACCUUGUCCUUCAUGCCCUUCAUGCUCGCCAUGCCCAACUUGCCCUUCGCCUUGUCCUUGUCCGUGUCCUAUAUUAUGUUACUCUCCCGGCAUCACAUCAGAUAACGAAAAUGUUGAAGGACAUCAAAUAGGUGAAAGAAGCUCUGGAAUUCAACCAUUCGAUAUAAAAAACAGCAGAAUGGUGGAUGAAUUCAAUAAGGAGGGGCAGUUGAUCAACAGUGAACCAAGAGAAGUAAGAGAAGAUUCUAUCUAUUCUAAAUACCAACAAUAUAAUUGUCCUCAAUCUACUAGUCCAUGUCGAAAUCCAUGUCAUGAUGCUUCCUCAGGUGAUAAUAUAUCUUUAAAAAAACGACAACCAGAGUCAGAAGAAUUGACCAGUGAUAAGGUCAGUCUUUGUGAUCCAUGUUCUUGUUGUCCAUGCCCUUGUCCAAUACUCUUCCCUUGCCCGUGUCCUUCACCUUGUCCAAAUCCAUGUCCCCCACCUUGCCCAUAUCCUUGUUGCAAUUAUGCAACAUCACAGCAGCUUACAUCGGAGCCUACACAUAAUAUGAAAAAACGUGCAUGUAAUCCAUGUCCACCAGGUUGCUACUGGAUAGAACCUUUUUGUUGUCCCUUCCCACCUGUUUACCCUGAUAUACCAUGUACUUGUCCAGAUAUAUUUUGCCCCCCUUGCCCUUGUCCAUGUCCUGAUAUUCCCCGACCAUGCCCAGUGCCAUGCAUUCCUCCUUGUCCUAAAUCGAGCAUUCAGGGUUUCUCGAGUGAUGGCGAGUCACAUCAGUUAGUAAAACGUAAGUUAUCAUCAGAGUUUACAACAUACAACCCUGAAAAUGAUGAAAAUAAACGUACGAAACGAUGUCCAAACCCCUGUCCGUGCCCCUGUCCAAACCCCUGUCCGUGCCCCUGCCCAUGUCCCUGUCCAUGCCCCUGCCCAUGCCCCUGCCCUUGCCCAUGUUUGAGAUCUGAUUCAGAUGCAUCGAAAUUGGAAGAUAACCACGAAAUAAAUGCCCGUUGUUCAUCUUGUUCUUGUCCUUGUGAAUGUCCUUGUCCUUAUCCUUGCUGUCCAUGCCCUCUACCUUGUGAUCCGUGCCCAUGUCCAUGUCCAUGCCCUCUUCCUUGUGAUUCAUGUCCAUGUCCGUGUCCAUGUCCAUGUCCGUGUCCAUGUCCAUGCCCUCUUCCUUGCGAUCCUUGCCCAUGCCCUUGUCCCUGCCCUUGCCCUUGUCGUUUUCCCUGUCCCAUGCCUUGUAGGCGUCAAGCGCAAAAUCCAACUUCGAAUCACGAUUUAGAUGAACGUUGCGUCCUGGGCUAUUUGCGCGUACCAUCUUCCUCUUCCUCUAACCCUUUCGGAGCUUGCGCUAAUUCUAAAACACCAAGUCCUUGUGGACCUUGUGCGCCCUGUGGUCCUUGUGGGCCAUGUAGCUGUGGGUGGCCUUGUAAACGUGAAAAUAAAAACAACGAUAACCAUCGAAUCGAAGAGCGAAGUUCGUCUUCUUGUUCGUAUGAUCCUUGCCGAACAAUUUGCAUACAUCAUUAUCCAGAAUUCGGUUUACCGAAAUGUUGGGGAAUCUGUAACUGUGCUCCUUACCGCGACUGUAAUCCUGUAUGUAUUCCUGGACCUUUUCCGUGUCCAGAAAUAUGCUGUCAUAUACCGGAGCUCUGCCCCUUACCAUGUUCCUGUCAUUUUCCCUAUUCUCCAGUGCCAUGUACACUGAAUUAUGGAAUUCCAUGCCCUUGUACUUAUUUGAACAAAAGGUGUUCAGUGCCAUGCCACUGCCCAGUUUAUUUGCCAGGGCCAUUUCCCAAUCCAGAGAUUUGUUGUCCAAUUCCGGAAUUGAGUCCAUUGCCAUGCUCUUGUCAUUUUCCACGUUUUCCAGUGCCUUGUGCGGUGACUUAUCCGAUACCUUGCCCAUGUUCAUAUCUAGGAAAAAGAUCUAGUAUUCGCUAUAGGGCGACUUCACCCUGGUUUUCCAGAAUGUUCUAUGCCAGUGCACCUAUAAAAAGUGCCCCCAAUACAGUUUCUGAGCCUAGUAUUGCUAAACUAGACUCCCAAAAUGAGAUUGACUUAACGAAUUUCAAAUUCGAUAAUAAUAAAAAAACCGAAUUCAAAGAGCAAAAUGAUAAUCAGAAUACUCAUAGCUCCAAACGAAGUAUGGAUAGUGGAAAGGGCCGUUUCAAGCGCAGUUUGCUACAAACAGAUCCAUCAGCUACAGCUAACCAGAAACAAUCGCGGGGCUGCUUAGAUUGCUGUACUCCUCCAUAUUGCAUAGAAUCUAUCAGUUUCAAUGACCCAUAUGCCUGUUAUGAACCAGUUUGUCAAUCGCCUUGUUACAAAUGUUUUUGCGGUUAUAGUUGCGAUGAUCCCGAAGCAGGUGGCAUUGAACCUUAUUGCCCUGAUCCGUGUGCUGUAUCUGAACCCACUCUGCAAUGUCAAGAUUCUGAUUUUCCUUGUCCUCCUUGGUAUUGGAAUUGUAAUGUCGUUAAUCCUUGUUUGUGUAAGUGUCCUUGUGGGGACAGCAGGGUGGGGAGAUCAAACACCGUCGAACCAGCAAUUAUACUACCCUCCACAGCAUCCGCUUCCGAUCUUAUUGCAAGUCCGAAUUUCGAAAUUGAUAACGCAGAAAAAGAGAAACGUAAGUGUCCGAAACCUUGCGAACCACUACCUCCCUGUCCGGCCUGUCCACCUCCUUGCCCUCUACCGUGCGACGAUACGACCAAUGACAUGAUAGCUCAAAAAGCAAGACAAGUCAAUGAAUACCUCAAGAACCAAUAUCUCAGUGGCCGUUACUCAAUGACGAACCAAGUUAUACCCAGGAACAGAAGACAGUUAUCAUCGAUAGAUAGUUCCAUUUACGAAGGACAACCUGAGAAGGAAACUCUGGAUAGACAGAAUGAAGACCUCAAAGAUGUGGAGAGCAUCAUGUAUGAUAAUGAUGCUGAUUUCUUGGAUUCACAUAACAUCUUCAAGAGAGGAAAUAUCGAAUUUGACGACGAUGAUAUUUGCCCCAUAGGAAAGAUCAAUCGCCGCAACUGCAACAGCCAGAAAGAUUCUAAUGGGGACAGCUGCCCGAGAAGUGAGCUCAAUCCGGAAGAUUUCAUGUUACUUCGAAAAAAAAGCAACAGCGAAUACCAAGAUAUGCAUUUUGCCAAAGAAAUCGUUGAGGCGAUAAUGAACAAAGUGAAUAAAAAUACAAAUCUCAAAAUCAAAAUCGGAAAUGCUUUGAAUAAGAAGAGAAUUUAUGAAACUGAAAGUAACCAAAGGAGCUAUGCCAAGGCUUGUAGUUUCGAAGAACGUGCGGAAUACGAAGAGGCAAAAAACUUGCUGAGAUCCGUAUCUUGCGUUCUCAACAAAUUAGUAAAAAAACAAAUCGAAGAGAAAUUGUGUGAACGGCUCCCGAGUCACCUCAAAAACUUUUUAAAACGAAUUGUAAGACCGCCUAAACAUAGAAUAAGUCAACGGCACGACGACAAAUACCACGAAGAUACUUUUUUAUUCAGGGCGUCAUGUCCUCCUGCCAAACUAGAUCCAGACACACGAAGUCAGCUCGAAGUUAACUUAGUCAAAUUACUUGACCGGUACAAUCAGCUUGAUGAGGAUUCUCGUAAGAGGGCGGCACCACUCAAAAAAUUCAUAUCGAACCACCUCGAUAUGUUGAAGAAAAUAGACGAUGAUACCUUCGACACGGAAACGCCAUCAUUCACUCCAGAUACCUACAUGGAACCGAACGAAUCACCUCAGAUGCAUACAAGAAGUUCUGACGAAUCAAAAAUGGAAGGUCCAAUGAAGACGCGGGCUUCCUUCAAUAACCUGGACAUGAUGGAAAAAGACCUUGAGAAUGUUAAUCCCGAAAAGAAAAGAACGUCAUUCCAACAACCGACCUUUGGAAUCAAUAAUUUCUCUCCUGUAAAAAUGGCUGAAGAGGACGAGACACAUGAGAAUAAAUUGAAGAAACGGAACAUUGACCUUUCCGAUAAGUUUAUCGAGGAAAACAAAAAUUUAGAAAAUAGUGAAUUAGACGAUGACUUCACAUCGAAUAAAUAUAAGAGAUUGUUAAAAGCAGCUGAAGAAGUACGAUUCAAAAGAAGGAAUGAAGAAAAAAUAGGGGAAGCAUUCGGAAAUAAAAAACUGGAUGAAAAUGAUUCAGAUGUUAAGGAACAAGACGACCAAGUAGCUUUCGACACUCCCCUUGUUUAUAGAACAUAGUUGAUUCUGUUUAUUGUUUUACCUUAUAUAUUAUUUAAGUGAUUGGUUAAGACGUAUUACUUUUUCAAUGGUCACGAUUUAUAUUUUAUUCUAUAUUUAUAUUAUCAUAAAGUGUAAUGAGCUAUUAUGGUGAUUAUAUUUUCAUCGCUUA